GUUGCCAGGAGACGGCGGAAACGUUUGGAAGCAUCGAUGGAGAAGUAUGAGAAAAUUAAAGUUGUCGGAAGAGGAGCUUUUGGGAUUGUUCACCUGUGCCGCAGGCGCAACGACGGGGCUUUUGUCAUCCUGAAGGAGAUCCCAGUGGAGCAGAUGUCACGAGAUGAACGUCUGGCAGCUCAAAACGAGUGUCAGGUCCUGAAACUGCUCAACCAUCCAAACAUCAUAGAGUACUAUGAGAACUUCCUUGAAGACAAGGCCCUCAUGAUAGCUAUGGAAUAUGCACCAGGUGGAACCUUGGCUGAUUACAUACAGAAGCGCUGUAACUCUCUGCUGGACGAGGACACCAUCCUUCACUUCUUUGUACAGAUCUUACUUGCCCUGUACCACGUCCACAACAAACUUAUUUUACACAGAGACCUUAAGACACAGAAUAUUCUUCUGGACAAGCACCAGAUGAUUGUCAAAAUUGGUGAUUUUGGCAUCAAAAUCCUUGUCAGCAAGAGCAAAGCUUACACGGUGGUCGGGACCCCAUGCUACAUCUCCCCAGAGCUGUGUGAGGGAAAGCCAUAUAACCAGAAGAGUGACAUCUGGGCUUUGGGCUGUGUGCUCUAUGAGCUAGCGAGCCUUAAGACAUUCGAGGCUGCUAAUCUACCCGCCCUCGUUCUGAAGAUCAUGAGCGGAACAUUUGCUCCAAUUUCAGACCGGUACAGCCCUGAGCUUCGACAGCUCAUCCUCAACAUGCUCAAUCUGGAUCCAUCCAAACGGCCUCAACUAAAUGAAAUAAUGGCUCUGCCCAUAUGCAUCAGGCCCCUGCUUAACCUCUACACAGACAUAGGCAAUGUCAAAAUGCGCAGGAUUGAGAAACCACUGUCUGCUGUGCAAACUGGUUGUCAAGGUAGACCAGGAGGGAGAGUUCCUACCAACAGGUCGAGAGAUGGAUCAGUCAGUUUGGGAUCAGGGAAGCUACAUUCCCUGCCGCUGUCCUCUGUGUAUACGUGGGGAAGUGGUAUAUCAGCGCCUCUCCGUCUGCCGAUGCUCAACACAGAGGUACUUCAGGUGUCUCUGGGCCGCACUCAGAAGAUGGGGGUGACCAAGUCAGGCCGGCUGAUUACAUGGGAGGCGCCAUCAGUGGGGUCUGGUGAGGCCAAUCUGCCUGGUGUGGUGGAGCAAAUGCAGCCUCAGUUCAUUUCACGUUUCCUUGAGGGUCAGUCUGGAGUCACCAUCAAGUCUGUGUCCUGCGGCGAUCUUUUUACCACCUGCAUGACAGACAGGGGUAUUAUCAUGACGUUUGGGAGUGGGAGCAAUGGCUGUCUAGGACACGGUAACUUCAAUGAUGUAACACAGCCCAAGAUAGUUGAGGCACUCCUCGGCUACGAGCUGGUUCAGGUGUCAUGUGGUGCUUCCCACGUACUCGCUGUGACCAAUGAAAGAGAAGUAUUUGCCUGGGGAAGAGGAGACAAUGGUCGCCUCGGGCUAGGCACCCAGGACACACAUAACUCUCCACAGCAGGUGUGUUUACCUGUGGAAUUUGAGGCCCAGAAGGUGGUGUGUGGAGUUGACUGCUCCAUGAUUAUCAGCACCCAAUACAGCAUUGUGGCUUGUGGAAGCAACAGGUUCAACAAGCUUGGGCUGGAUAGAAUAACAGCUGGAGAAGAACCAAAUCCCUCGAAUCAGGUGGAAGAAGUUCAUUCUUACACUCCUGUCCAGUCAGCCCCACUCAGCAGUGAGACGAUUGUUUACAUUGACAUUGGGACUGCCCAUUCUGUGGCUGUUACAGAAAGGGGUCAGUGUUUUACCUUUGGCAGCAAUCAGCAUGGCCAGAUGGGCUGCAGUUCCCGUCGAAACAGCCGUGUGCCCUACCCGGUGCCUGGGCUGCAGGGCAUCACCAUGGCUGCCUGUGGAGAUGCUUUCACCCUAGCUAUUGGAUCUGAAGGGGAGGUGUACACCUGGGGAAAGGGCGCCCGAGGCCGCCUCGGAAGAAAAGAGGAGGAUUCUGGGAUACCGAAGGCGGUGCAGCUUGACGAGAGUCACUCGUUCGCAGUGACAUCAGUGGCCUGUUGUCAUGGCAACACUCUGCUGGCAGUGAAACCUUUGCUUGAGGAACCUGUCCCGAGAUGAUUUUGUUCUAAAAACCUACCCACUCAGCGUUCGUCAUGAAGCCCGGCGGUGGCAUGAGGUGAAAGACAGCUUCCUCGGAAUAACUCCUCCCAGAGGCCCAUCUGUGCUGCAGUUGAAAGAUUCCCUUUCAUACUGCAGCUGUGGCCUCAGACUUUCACUUGGUCUUCCUCUCCAUCUAGUUUUUUCACCCCUUCCUCCUGGAAUGAAUGUUUGUUUCAUUUGGUGGUUUGAUAUCAGGCAGCAAAGCACAUAAAAGGUCAAAACCUGUGUGUUGCGGCAGGUGUAUCUCACAACAGGUGAGUUAAAGGAAUGUUGCAACACUGUUAGCUGGAUUACAGGAAGUCAUUAGGCAGCUUUCACGCAGUGAGCUUUUGUCCUCUCUCACGUGCAGGGUUAGCAUGAUAAAGACCAGUAAAAGCCAAACUGGUUUGAGCUCUCUUAAGCCACUAUUGAAUGAGAUGAUACAAUUCAAAGAAACGCAAAGAAUAAAUGCCACUUGAGUGUUUAGUAACUCAUCAGUCAAAUGAACCAAACACAGUAAUCUUGAUGACGUCGUCAGUGGCCACAUUGUGCUUUAUUGGAUUAGCCCGCCAAUACAUUUGUAACUCAACAGAAGCGUUCAAAUCAGAUAAUGAUGUGUUGUGUAGGGUUCAACUGAACAACGUCUUUAUGACUUAGAGAAUGUGGCUGUGUCCGAAAUCACUCCGUUGUUCACUCGUUCACUUGUUCACUGCUCCUUACACAGUAGACACUCAGUAGUUUACAUUGUAGCGAGCAGUAAAUUGAGAUUUCACACGUAUGAAUCAUCUACAGUUUGCUUAAUCAUUGUAUAUUGUGUAUUGUGUAAACUGUAUUCAUUGGUCUACCAAAGUGAAGUGAGAAUUGAAAACUGCCAAAGUGAAGGAAGAAGUACUAGCAAUACCACAGUUUAGAAAUACUCGGUGUAAGCAAAAGUCAAAAAAGUACUAAUUGCUUAAUAAAAUUGAAUUAGUGUAUAUACUUACAGGUAGGUUAAUCUAUAAUAAUACAUUAUCAAUUAUUAGUUGAUUAUAAUUUGUAUUAAUAAUCUGAAUCUGCAUAGUAAUUAUUAACUUAAGAUGCCAAAUAAAUGUAGUGAAGUAUCGUAUCAUGGAGAUACUGUACUUGGGUACAUUUUUGAGUAAAUGUACUUAGUUACUCUCCACCAUUGGUGGAGGGAAAUCUUUGUAGUACAUAUGUAUUUUUAUAUUUACAUUUCUUGAAUGUUAUCAAAUGUUAUGAUUAUGAUUGUCAUGAUUAUUGUCAUGAUGAAAAAACAAGACAAGGCAAAAAAGACAAGAAUUAUUGUCACAAGUAUCUGAAAUUGAAAUCUGAACUUAAAUGUGCAAUAAGAUGUACAACUCCUGUGAUAAACCAUAUGUUGUAUGAGUUUUCACAGUGAAAAGUCAUCAGACACAUCUUUUUCAGAGAAAAAAAUGGCUGCUAAUGGAUGUGGGGGGGUGAUGUAGCAGUGGGUAAGACACAUGACUUUGGUGUGAGAGACCCAGGUUCAAUUCCCACUGUGAACCAUCCACCAUUGUGGCCCCUAGCAAGACACUUAACCGAUCGUUGCUCCAGAGGCAUGUGACCUCUGACAUGUAUAGCAAUUGUAAGUCGCUUUGGAUAAAAGCGUCAGCUAAAUGAAUAAACCUAAACAUAAAAUGUCUGGAAAUAAAAUAUUAAACAUCCAUAUCGUGACCAGGAAAUGUUACUAAUCUGUAGUUUUCACAGAGCUGUUAUCAAUAUUGUCUAAUAUUUUUUUUUCAGUUAUACUGUAGAUUAAUAUGCUUUUUUCAUCAAUAUAUCAAUAAUCUAAUAAGAAAUUUUGGAGUAAUUAUUUCGUAUUUAAGAUGGGUUCACACCUUUUCUGAGGACAUGGAUCGUUUACCAUUGUUGUCUUGUGUGAUGAUGCAAUGAUGAUGUAAUCUGGUGGCAAUCCAGCAGGUGAAAAAUGAUCUGAAUAUGUGGAUGUACUCUUUAUUUUUCACUGUCAGAAAAAUGAUAUCCAGUUUACGUUUCGUUUAGUGUGUGAGUGUAACAAUUUUAGUCAGGCUUUAUUUUAUGAACAAAGGCAAUAUUUCAACAUGAAAUACAGGGAGAAAAUAUUAUAUUUCUUCACUUUGUCUGCCUGCUCUACCACCAGAGGGCACCUGCCAUGUCUGGCUCUACUGUAGGCCUCUGUAUUAGGUCACUUUUUAUAUUAAUUCCACUUAUACCAUAACAACAAAACCUUCCUCACCUCUGUUUUUUUUUUUUACUAAUUAGACCUAUAUUUGUUUAAUAUUUAAUUAAGUAAUGACUAUGUCUUGUGUACGUAUUAAAGUAUAUUGGUUUACAUCUGCCAAAUAAAUAAUAAAUCUUAAACAUGUGCAUGGAAAA